UGAUUAUAAAUUAAUUGUAAUAAUAAUAAUUAAUAAUUAAUAUAAAAAUAUUAUUAGAAAAUAAAAAUUUUUUAAUUACUAUUUAAAAUAUAUAUAUAGUAGGUGUAUAUAUAUGUAUGUAUUUUUGUGUGUUUGUGUCGAAAAUACGAUAUUUUGAAGGUGGAGGGGGUUUUUUUUUUUUUUUUUUUUGUAUUAUUAUAAAAAUUCAUAAAAAUUACAAUAAUAUUUUGUUAUAAAAAGUUUUACUUUUUAACAAAAUAUCAUCAUUCGAAGAAGAAUAUCGGCCUGAUAGGCCCAUGGUGCAAAAAGCAUCAUCAACAGAUGCCCCAUCAGUUUCUGCUGGGGCACAUCAUCAUCGUGAAUCAACUUCACGUUUUGGUAUUGGUGGUUAUUCAUCAUAUCAAGGUGGUUAUAAUAAAUUAUUUACUCAGGGUUCUGCCGAUUCAAAUUACUCACAACCGUCAUCCGAUCUGUCGCUAGACGAGGAAAAAGAAUCGCUUCGGCGAGAAAAAGAACGUCAGGCCUUAAGCCAGUUGGACAAAGCUAGGAAUAAACCAGUGGCGUUUGCAGUACGAACAAAUGUAUCAUAUGAUGGCACAAUUGACGACGACUCACCAGUGCACGGUAGUGCAGUUUCAUUCGAAGUACGACAAUUUCUUCACAUUAAGGAGAAAUAUGACAAUAAUUGGUGGAUUGGUAGAUUGGUUAAAGAAGGCUGUGAUGUGGGAUUCAUACCCAGCCCCGUUAAGCUAGAACAUAUUCGGAUGCAGGCUUCCGCAAGAUCCACUCGGAUGUAUGCAACAAAAGGAUCAUCCAGCGGAAAUUUGGGUGGUUCAGGAGUACCAGGUGCGGAACCAUCACGAGGUAGCACACCCCCUACACCUGGCGAUGAAUCAGAUUCCAUGGGACCAUCACGACACGGGAAAACACCUUUAGCAACACCACCAACAAAAGAAAAACGAAAACCAUUUUUCAAAAAACAGGAAACAUCAUCACCAUACGACGUUGUACCAUCGAUGCGUCCUGUUGUAUUAGUGGGUCCAAGUUUAAAAGGUUAUGAAGUAACUGAUAUGAUGCAAAAAGCGUUAUUUGAUUUUUUAAAACAUCGCUUCGAGGGUCGUAUUAUUAUAACAAGAGUUAUGGCGGAUAUAUCAUUAGCAAAACGUUCAUUAAUGAAUAAUCCAUCGAAACGUGCCAUUAUGGAAAGAUCAAAUAGUAGAUCAUCUUGUUUAGCUGCUGUUCAAGCUGAAAUCGAAAGAAUAUUUGAAUUGGCUAGAACAUUACAAUUAGUUGUACUCGAUUGUGAUACAAUCAAUCAUCCGUCACAAUUAGCAAAAACUUCAUUAGCGCCAACUAUAGUUUAUUUAAAAAUUAGUAGUAGUAAGGUUUUACAGCGAUUAAUUAAAUCACGUGGAAAAACUCAGGCGAAGCAUUUAUCCGUACAAAUGGUCGCCGCUGAAAAAUUAGCCCAAUGUCCACCGGAAAUGUUCGAUGUUAUAUUAGAUGAGAAUCAAUUGGAAGAUGCCUGUGAACAUAUUGCCGAAUAUUUAGAAUCUUAUUGGAGAGCAACACAUCCACCAGUGAGAACAACACCAUCGAUACCUAGACCAAUGCAAUCAGAAGCUUCACCGUCGGCCGAAACCCGAAUGGGUCCAACUCCACCAGCCGAUAGAGAAAAUAGAGAUAAUAGAGAAAUGAAUAGAGAUAGGGAAAUCGAAACAAAUGCGUAUCCAAAUGAUAGAGAAAGAGAUCGAGAAGUAGAAAAUUCAAGAGAAGAAGAUUAUGUGGAAGCUGUUGAUGAAGAAGGUGCAUCAUAUCACCACAGUCGACGUUCACAAUCUAGUAGACAUGAUAGAGAAAGAGAAAGGGAUCGUGAAAGAGAAAGAAUGGAUUUGCAUAUGGAUAGAAUGGAACGAAUAGAACAUGAAAGAGCAAGAGAACGACAUAGAGAAUUAGAACGUGAACGUGAACGUUUACAUGCACGUGAACGUGAUUUGAUGCAUUACGAUUUAAAUAAUGAUGAUUUAUUAGAUUAUCCAACGGAUUAUGUUCGUGGUCAUUAUCCAUCAUCACAUCAUCGUCGACAUCCAGUUGAUGAUUUUGAUUUAAUGCAUGAUGAUCGUCGUUAUCCAUCAUCGUCGCGACGUGAUGAUGGAUCAUUACCACCAUUAAGUAGAAGACCAGAUCGAGGACCAUCAGACCGUGAUGAAUAUAGUCCACAUAGAGGCGGUGGAAGUAGUAGGAGAGCACUUAAUGCCAUGUAGGAAUCGUGGAUAUAGGGGUGGGAUCAGAUCGAUUAUAAAAUCGAUAAUGAUCGCGGCGUUUAUAAGGGCAAUUACAGUAAGAGUUAUAGAGAUGAAUUUUAUUAAGGAGAAAUUUAUAUUUAUUAAUUUAUACAUUUAUUAUCAUUAAAUUAAUAUAAAAAUUAGAGAACAUUUAAUAUAAAAAAAAAAAAAAUUAUUUGAUUAUCAAAAGAAAAAUUUAUAUAUACAUAUGUACAUAUUUAUGUAUUUUGUAUAUAUAAUAUAAAUAAAUAUAUUAUACAUGAAUUAAAAUAUGUAUCUGUACAUAUAUAAAAAAUUCAAUUUAUUUCGAUUACUUUUUCGUCCAAAAUAAUUGAAUGGCUUUAUCGCUUAACCAAAUUUAAUAAAAUUUAUAUGAGUAUAUAUAUAUAUACAUCACAUGU